AUGCGGUCACCCUCGCAGCACAAGCAGCCGCCGUAUCAUUCCGCGCAACUUUCCCCCGUCGCAUCUCGGCGGAAUAUGCUUCCGCAGCAGAAUAUCGCGCCGAGUCCGCGCGGCGGAAAGCCGCCAGUUUCUCCGCCUGUUUCGCCUCUUCCGUCGCCAAAGCCCGGCACCACGGACACAUCCGCGGAACCUUCCGCGCACAACGCCGCGCGGAGGUUCAGCUCUUGCCCCGUGCGGUCGGAGGCGCAACGUUUGCCGCAGUCCCCGGCGUCAAAUGCGUCGGCCUCCGCUCCCCCCGCCACUGCUAUUUCGUCGUUUCCUCUCGUCGGGAUGUGGGCCAAGCAGACCAGAAAACCCGCGGGGGGUGCGGAGGGCGGAAGCGGGAUCUCCGCUCCCGCGCCGGCCGGCGGUUCUGGGCGACGGGAAGACCGCGCGCGGAAUGAGUUAUUGCGCCCAUCCGCCAUCGGCGACGCUCGAAGCGGUUCCCGCAGCGGGAGAAGCAUCGGCGCCACUUCUGGCAGAUGCAGCCCCCCAGACGGGGAUUUUCAUGCGAUUUCUGAGGAGGUGACCGACGGAAAACAUCAGGAUGCCGCGAAUGGCGCCGUGACUGACGGCGCGAGUGACGGCGCGUCCGACGGCGGUGAUUCGGACGAAGAGUUCGUAGAUCUCUAUUGGACGGCAUUGGAACACCGCAAGGCGGCAAACGCGGCGGUUUCCACGGCACUGAAUCGGCUCGGGGUGGGCGCAGGAGGAGCUAAAGCGGAAGCAAGUUCGGGAGGGGGAAGCGCGCGCCACGGCGAGCGCAACAAUGGUGCGGAAAGGUUCGGCGGAAGGCGGAGGCGGAGGAGCAGUUUUGGCGACCUCGCGGAGGCGAAUCAUCCGCUGCAGGGGGGGGAGGUGGACGGAAGCGGGCGGUUCGCGCGGCGACAGGUGGGACAGGUGGGAUGUAGGGAAGGCGGUUCUGGUGGCGAUAUCGCAACGGGCUCGGGCAGGCUCGGAGAAAAAGAAUCUGCCGCCGCUGCUGCUGUUGCAGAUUUCGCUUUUCCGAAAUACGGUGCGGCUAGUAACGGGGUUGCGCGUAGCAGGGAUGAGGACGCGCUGCCGGGGCACAGGCGGCGGCACAGCAUUACGUGCAUCGACACGGAGCUGAAGGAAUUCCUCGACUUGGUUGACUUGGACGACGAGGAAGAUGCGGAGGAAGCUGCGGAGGAAGUUACGGAGGAAGAUGCGGAGGAAGGGGAGAAGGGAGAAGCGGAGGGAGAAGCGGAGCAUGAGGGAGGGAUGCGCAGAAAUGGAAGGAAUCUUGUAAGGAGAGAUACCAGGGGCCGUCCAGGUGUGACUGCGACUGUUCGUUCCCCUGCAGUAGCAGCAGCAUCGCCCACAGCUAGCAACCCCGCGUCUAUGCGCACUAGUAACCCUUCGCCUCGCACCCGUUCCGGUCCACUUCUCGCAAACACCCACGCUGCCACCAGCGCCAGCCCGUUUGCGCGCCUCCCCGCGCGGCGCCGCAGCCAGACGUGCAUCGACGCAGACCUGAAGGAAUUCCUUGACUUGAUUGACUCGGACGAAGGGGAGGAGGGGGACGAGGGGGUGGGGAGGGAGCGCGGGGAGGGAGGAGAGGUCGGGGAAACGGGGAAAGGUGGAGAAGGAGGGGAGGAAGAAGGGCGAAGGGUGAGCUUCGAGUUUGUUACGCCUGAGGCAGGCGCCUCUGCCCGUCGCAGUGCUGCCAUUGCCGCUGGCACUGCUGGUGGCGCUGCUGCUGUCUCUGCUGCUUCUCCCGGUAAAGCAGCGGCUGCUGAACUGCUCUUCAACCCCUGGAGGCCGGCGGCAUUAGCCCCGCCAGCUUCAGCAUCAGCCUCGGCGGCGCCUGCCUCGGCGGCAGCAGCUUCGGCAGCAGCCUCGGCAGCAGGCUCGGCAGCAGGUUCGGCAUUGACUGUACCUCCUGCCUUUGCUGGUUCGCAGGGCCACAGGCGGCGGCACAGCAUCACGUGCAUCGACACGGAGCUGAAGGAAUUCCUUGACUUGGUUGACCAGGAGGAUGACGUGGACGAGUACAUCUCCACCAGGGUCGUGCACCUCCCUGCACCGCUUCCCACCGUUACAGACCCUCUUGUGCCAGCACCAUACAGCGCAAGAGCAGCAGUGGCAGAGGAACGCACAGGAAGUGGGAAAACCCCUUCUGGCUCCGGUUCUUCCUCCUCCUCCUCCGUUUUCUCCACUGCCCUAACGCCUCUAGCACCCGACGACCUCCCUCUUGGGUACUCCGCCUCUUCCCCCGCUCCCCUCUCUCCAGCCUCACUGUUUUCCCCAUCAGCCAGCCCCUUAUCGUCCCCCUCAGCACCUGCUGCUGUGGCUGGGUUUCCGCGGCACUCACCAGCAGCACUGACCCCUAAUGGUGGCGCCAGCACGCCUAAGAGCGGGGCCAUGGCUGCGCAGGUAGCAGCAGCGGCGGGUGCGAGAAGAGGAGGGUGUGCGGGUGGUGACUCAAGCAGGGUUGGCGUGAGCCGCUCUGGUGGCGUUGCGUCUCUGUGGGCCGCUGCCUCACACAACCCUGCCAUUGCUCAAUCGUCCCGCCGCCCUGCCGCUGCUGCCGUCCCAGGUGCUGUGUACACAGGUGGUGCACCUGCUGCUGCUGCUCCAGCUGCUGCUGACAGGGCGACUGCUCGACCUGCCAACUCGCUGCGUGUGAAUGGUCGGCGCCUCAGCGCGGGCGACCUCAGUGCUCCGCUCGGCGGCAGCAGCUUCGAAAUUAGCGAUUCUGACUACAAGUCUGGUUACCCCACUGGUUAUGCCACCAAAGACAUGGGUGUAACCAUGGCUGUGGAUGUGACCAGCAGCGGCGGCGGCAGCAGCAACGAGCGGUCGAUGCAAAUGUGCUUGAAUGAGGCACGGCCGAUUGCCGGCGUUUGCUAUCCCUCACUUGCUGCCGGCUCCCCUGCUCCCGGUCCUUCUGGUCCUUCCAGCCCUCCUGGCCGCCUUGGGCCUCUAGGGUCCCUAGGCCCUCCUGCCCCUCCUCGCCCUGCUUCCAUUGGCAAGCUGCUCGGAGGCGACAUUACCAGGGCUUCUGAAUCUGCCCGAGCUGCCCCUAGGGUUGGUCAAGAUUUUCUUGGGAAUGCCCUGCCGGGCAGUGCCUGUGAGCUUUUUCCUGCCCGUGCAAGGCUGCUGCGGCCUGGCACUCCGGGAGUGCCUUCCCUUGGUGGAGCUGGAGGGGCUGCUGAUGGCGUGCUGUCCACCCCGAUUGCUGCUGCUUCCUCUCUGGCCGCUUCGGCGGGUAAAGGCUCGCAAGCAAGGGCGCACCACAGGCGAAGCAGCAGUGCGGUGGUGGUGCCUCAGCUUUUGCCAAGCAUUCGGAAUUUGCUGGAGUAA